AUUGUUAUUAUUAAUUUACAUUUAAUGCUUAGUUACAGGUGAAAUCCAAAACUCAGCUUAGAAUGGAAACACGUGAGGUUCUCUCAUCUGACAAAGCUACAGUUGUCAUACAAAUAAACCCACAGGCAAAAGAGAGUGCUUUUUAUUUUGAUGGACAGGAGGCAGGAGAAACAAAUCACAAUGCAGCUCUUAAAGGAUUUCUCAAAGCACAGCCAAAAACACUCGGGACUGUACAAAUAAUGACUGGAGUGAUGUCCUUUUUACUUGGUAUUGUACUGUCCACAAAUUUCAACAGAUUUCCUACGAUUUCUGGCAUUAGUGGCAUCACCUACUGGGGAUCCUUCAUUUACAUCAGUGCUGGAUCUCUGUCUGUUGCUGCGCAGAAUAAACUUCAUCCGUGUGUGGUGAAAGCCUCUCAUGGAAUGAAUGUGUUCAGUGCCAUAACUUCAGCAAUAUCCAUUCUUCUAACUGGCAAUGAAAUAAGAUUAGGCCCACUGAACCCUCGAAACUGCUACAAUAUUCAUGACUGUAUAAAUACUGAGAGAUUUGGUUUUGGGAUCAUUGGAAUAUUGCUGGUGUUCUCCAUCCUUCAGUUCAUUAUCUCCAUCUGUAUCUCAGCAUUUGCAUGCAAAGCCACCUGCAACAACAACCACGACUCUACAGUGGUCAAUCUGGAACUAGACCAGCAACACUGA